UCCGAACACACAUGUCAAGCCACAACAACAAACAUGGCGGCAGCGUCUGAAGGGCAGGAGUUUUUUGAACUCGUUUCUACCGAAGAAAAGACUCAUAUACCGGAUAAUGUAGCCAAAAAACUUCAAGAUGUAUGGGCGGCAAAGCUUAAGGAAGUCACAAGCUUAAAGAUUGAAAAUGAGAAGCUAAAACUCAACUCCGAACAAGAAAAAUUUCAGCUUGAAAAGGAGUUGGUAGGCAUUCGAGGUCAACUGGAAGAGGAAACCCGUCUGAAGGAGGCAGCCAAGAAGCAAAAUGAAAACUUAAAAAACAGUUUAUUUAUUUUAGAAGAUGAGGUACAACAAGCAAAGUCUAAGAUAACAUCUCUGACACGUGAGGUGGAACAGUCACAAAAUGAGAAAGAAGAUGUAUCCUCACAGUCAGCAGCCAUGGCAGGAAACCUUGAAUCCCGGGCCAAACAAAUACAAGAUCUUCAGGAGCAAGUACAAAAACUAACGGAACAACUGAGUGAAACUACCCGAGCGAAGUGUGAGGCUGUUAUCCAGGCAGAGGAAGCAAAUAGUCGUGAAUUGCAGCUAAAAUACAGAGAAAAGAGACUGGAACAAGAGAAUGGUAUGCUGACACGUCAGAUAGCUUUGUUCCAGCAUCAGCUUGAACAGAGAACGGAAGAAAGCGUCAAUCAACGGCAAGAACAUUCUAGCAUUAUUCUUGGCCUUCAAACUGAUCUUAACCAUAAAAUUGAAGAGUUGCAUGUUGUGAAAGAAGAGAAAGAGCAACUGCAAAAACAGGUGGAGGAUAAAUGUCAAAGAAUAAAGGAUUUGCUGGAGACGUUGAAUUCAUCUCGAGAAUCAGAAGUGAAACUCGAAGAAACAUUUAGGCAAGAAUUAGCUGCACAAAAGAAGCUCACUGAUAUAUAUCAAGCAUCUACACAGAAUGAGAAAGAACGAGCCAGUGAACUAGAGAAUGCUGUUGAGGAGCUUCGUAAACUAUUGCAGGAAGCUAGUGAUCACUAUGGGGCUCUUGAGCGUGCAAAAACCAAGGGUGAUGAGGAAAGUGCUGAAGCUCUGCGUCAGUCUAAUUUAUUAGUAAAGGAUCUGAAGGAAGAAUUAGACAAAGUUAAUAUGCUACUGGAGGCUAAUGCCAAGAGAGAUCAUGGAGGUUAUGAUGAACUAUCACCCGCGGCAAGUGCGGCUAGUCAGCUAGUGAGUCGUGGCUUGAGCCUCACACAGCUGUACUCAGAGUACCUUUCUGUUUCUGAGAAGCUUAUGGCUACUGAGGAAGAAAACAAGCGACUCAAGCGCUAUGUUGACCAAAUCUUACAGGAAAUUGAAGAACGAGUUCCAGUGUUAAAAAAGCAGCGUGAUGACCAUCAGAAAUCGCUAGAAACAAUCACCACACUUCAUGCUCAGCUUGAUGAUGCACUUGGGGAAUUAGAGAAACAGAGAUCAGAAGCUGAUGAAGCACGGAGAAGAACAAAUUAUCUUGAUAGAGAAAAUAAGCGACUUGAUAGCCAGAUGAAGGAUCUUAGCAAACAAGUGACCAUUCUAGUUUCCCAAGUUGAAGCAGCCAGAGCUGGUCUUCCUCCACCUAGCAUUCCAAAGGAUAGUUCCAGGAGCCCAUCAGUUGCUGGAGAUGUCAUUUCCCAACGCUUAGUAGGCUUCAGAGAUAUUAAUGAAUUGCAGGAGCAAAAUAGAAGUUUACGUACCUCACUAAGAGAAUUAUCAGAGCAGAUGGAGGCGUCUGAACAUUCUGCUGUAGAUGAAAAAACAAAAGAGCUUAAGGAGGAACUUGAUGCUGCCAAAUCACAGUUAAAGGAACUUUCAGCCGCUCGAGAACGACAGGAAACAAUGAUGGAAAAUCUUGUACAUCAACGGGAUAUGUACCGCACGCUUUUGACACAGCAGACGCCAAAAGCUGGAGGUAAGCCUACAAGUCCAACUCCAGAACCAUCUGGAAUAUCACAAGAUGAAGUGAAGAAGCUUCAUGAAAGUUUAGAAAAGUCAAAGAAAGAAGUAAAUACAUUGAAAAGGGAGCAUGAAGAUUACCGGGCAGAAAAGUCCAAGAAUGAUAAGAUGAUGCAAGAUGAAUAUGAAAAUCUUAGGGUCAAUAUGGAUAAAAUAAGGAAUGAAAAUAUCAAGUUGGUUUCCCAGGCUGAAUAUAAUGAUGAGAGGAUGAAGACACUACAGAGUAAUACAGAGGUAUUACAGCGGCAAAUUGCAUCUCUGGAGAAAAAUAAUUCUACUUUGCAAGGCAUCAUAGGUCGCCAUGAAGGUACAAUAGAGACACUUCGUAGUGAAUACAUGACUCUGCAAAAGAAACUGUCACGUGCUGAAGUUAGUUUAGAAAAUCUUCGAGAGGAAAGAACUUUGCUCAAGUCAUCCCCCAUGAUGAAGCUGGAAUUUGUCCUCAUCUGGGGGCUGGAACCUGUCUUGCUCUUGGGCAUCUUCCUUGAAUUGACUGAGCAGGUUAGCCGCCUCAAGGCCAAGUUGACAUCAAAUUCUGAUCUAAGAGCAUCAGAAGUGAAAGUAAAAGAAUUGGAGGGACGCAAUCGUGCUAUGCAAAGUGAACAUGCAACUGUCACCAAGCAGUUGGUGGACGUAAAAGCAGAGUUAGCAAACACCAAAAAGAAAAUGAAUGAGCUUCAAGAGAGGGCAAGAGCUUUACCAUCUCCUGGAGCCAGGGCUAGAGGUAGCAGCCCUGUGGGAUCUAUGCAGUUCCGCACGGCAGGCCCUUCACCACAAGUGCGUGACCUUGAGGUACAGCUUGCUGAGGAAAAGGCCAAGACAACAGCACUUCAAUCUGCCCUUGACCAAUCCAAGCGUUUUGAGAAGGAAUUGAUAGAACUUAACAAACAGCAUGAAAAGCAAUUAUCAGAGUCAAAUGAAGCUUGCAAGACAGCUAAUGAAGAAUACACAAAAUUGCAGAAGGAACUUCAUGAAACAGAAGAACAGCUAGCAAAAUUGGAAAACCAAUUGAAGGAUGCAAUAGAAGAGGGUGAAACUGCCAAGAUUCUUUUGAAAUCCAAACUAGCCAAAACAGAAGAUGAACUGCAGGCACAUCAGAAACAACUAAGUGAUGUUCAAGAAGCUCUUGAGAAAGCUAAAGCAGAUGAAGAAAGUGCCAAGAAAGAGGCUCAAGAACAGUCCAAAUUGGCAGCUGAAGUACAAGACAAGUAUGAGAGGGAAGUGAUGCUUCAUGGUGCUGAUCUCAAAGCUUUAGCAACUUUGAAAGAAAGGCAGGCAGAGUACAACACUGAGCUCCAAGAGGCUACCUCAGCCAGGCUAAAGGCAGAAGAAGCUGUUCGGGAUACUCGCUUAGGCUUUGAAGAGCGGGAAAAUGUCAUGCGUCGAGAGAAUAAGGAUCUCAUGGCAAGGUGUCAUGAACUGGAGGAACAAAAUAAGUCUAUCCUUGAUCAAUUUACUCAACUGUCUGAUAAAAUGGCUGCAAUUCAAAGCAAACUUACAUCAUCUGUGGGUGAAAGUGGCACUGCACCCUUCACUGAGGACGAAGCCCGUUCCUCUGAUCAGCUUCGAGAAGUUAUCAAAUAUCUUCGACGGGAACGGGAUGUUGCUUCUGGAAAGUGUGAAGUGGCACAAGCUGAGAACCAGAGAUUAGAGGCUCAGAGAAAUGUCCUCAAGACCCAGUUGGACCAGGUAACCAAGAGUCUCUCUGAAGAACGGGAAAAGAAUCAGGUUUCAGCAGAUACUGCAGGGCGCUAUGCAGAACUCCUUCGCAAAGUUCACACUCUGGAUGCUCUUGCUGAUAGUAACCGUCUUAUGCGUGAAGAAAAGGAAAGCUUGCAAAGUUCUUGUGCAGAAUAUAAAGCCAAAUUUGAAACACUUGAAAAACAAAUUGAGCCUCUCCAAGAAAAACAGAGGUUAAAUAUCAACAAGAUUGAAGCUCUCAUGGUGGAGAAGAAAACACUGGAGAAUGAAAAGGAGAUGUUUAAGAAGAGGACGCAGGAGCUUGUGGAGAAACUAAAUCGGGCCAAACCAGAAGACUUUGUUAAGCUUCAGCAAGAGAUAGUAGAUCAACAAAAAACCCUACAAAGCAAAGAAGCAGAAAUCAAUAGACUGAAAAAUCAGCUAGCCCAGCUGUCCAAGAACCAGCAAAUGAUUGUGAGUCAGAAGAACCAGUUCCAGCAGCAAUUGAAUGGAGUUAGGGAGGAACUCCGUAAGGCUAAUGAAGAAGCCAAGAAGAACCUAAUAGAGAAGAGUCGUAUACAACAACAAUAUGGAGACGAGAAUAAAAAAACUUCAGCCGAAAGAGCCCGUCUUCAACAGCAACUGCUACAGUCCCAGGAGCGUGUUAGGGGGUUGGAGUCGGCAUCACAGCAGGCCCAGGCUAGCCACCAGCAGGAGAUGGGCAAUAUGAUAGAAGCUCAAAGACAUCAGUUAGAAGUAACAAAAAGAGAAGCAGAAAAUCUUGCAGAAAAUUUGAAGGAAUUGGAGGUUAAAUAUGCAGAGGCAGUUAAAAAGGCUGACAACUACGAAAAGCAGUCAUUGCAGCUCCGCAAGAUAGCCACUAAAUACAAGAAGGCUGCUGAAGGUGGUGCUGCAGCUGCAAGUAGCACUGGAGGUGAGGGUACUGAUGGCGAGGCCAGCAGUGGCACUACAGUUGCUGCAAACUCAGAAAAAAUAAAAGAAUUAGAGGAAACCAUUGCUGCACUUCGUCAAAAGGAAGAGACGGUUCAACAGGAAACUGUCAAGUUGCAGCAGGAGAUUACCGCAUUAAAGCAGUCCCUAACAAACAAGGAAGCGGAGAAUAAUAUGGUAAAGUCACAGACCCAGCAGAAGGAUGGAGAAAUGGGAAAGCUUCGUCUUGAGCUUGAGGGAAAGACAAGGGAGCUACAGGUUGCACAAAACCUAGCCACCCAGCUGAAGCAGAAUGUUUCCAAACAAAUUGCAGACAUCACCAAGAGAUUAGAGGAGAGCCAGAGUAAGAAGCAAAUGUAUGAGAAUCAUAUUAGUCAGCUUGAGAAGGAGCGUGACCAAUUGUCUCGAGAAGUGGAGUCUCUUAACAAGAAGCUACAAAUGCAGCAAAGACAGCUGGAAAAUCUUCAAAAGCAGGCAGCUGGGGUAUCCAAGCCAUCUACAAGUGGUGUGUCAUCUGAAAAGAGUGGUUUUGAGCCUCCACCCACUGCAAAUAUUAGGCCUAUGAAUGCACCAGUGACUCCUUCAGCUUCACCUCGAUCACAGACAGCUACACAAGUUGUUCCUCCAUCUCGAGCUAUCCCAACUGCUAGUAUUCGCCCUAUGGCUCCUCCAUCUGGAGGAUCUGCACCAACUCAGGGUUCUACUGUAAUGGUAGUAUCUCCAUUGGAGACUCACAGUGAUGGCAUGGUGUCCUCAACUGUGACUCUUCCACAGGCUACAGUGACACCCACACCUGCCAUAUCUGCUCCAACACUUCUGACUACUGCCACCACAUCACCCUCAGCUACAACCACAAUGACCACUACCCUAACUGCAACUGUUUCUCCUACACCAGCUUCAGCUUCCCUUGCUACACCUGUGGCAGCAGCAGUUGCUAUUCCAAAUAUUACAGCUUCACAGUCAUCCUCACAAUCUUCUACUGCAAGUCAAUCAUCAGUUGCUUCACAAUCUACAACAGUGGUAGUUGAGUCUACCCCUGCUACUCAGUCUACAGCAACUGCACAGUCUAUUCCAACAACAAAAGCAUCCGGCUUGCAGACUGCCCCAGCUACUUCCUCUACUGUGGCGUCUCAGUCCACUCUGGCCAAUCAGUCAACCUCAGCACCACAAACAUCAGUAGCUAGUACAUCUGUUGUUGCACCAAUUGUUUCAGUAACUGCUAGUGCAACUGUAGCCACUGCACCACCUCCAUCUAAAGCACCGACAGUUUCAGCACCUCUUACAAGACAACAAGAGCCACAAGAAGUAUCAGCUGAUGCUUUGGUAUCUCAAGCUAUUGCUCUUGUAAGUCCACUUAGUUCUCAAGAAAUUGCUGGGCCUUCUGGUAUAAGUUCACAAAAAAGAAAGCUUGACUCUGUAGAAGCUGUUACUAAUACUAAAGAUGCAAAACGUUGUUGUGUGGAUGAAGAUCCUCUUCAGUCUGCUGAAGAAGCUGGACCAUCAUCAUCUCAUGCAGAGCAAGAAAAUGACGAUACAAGCCAAACAGCUGAUAAUGAAGAAGAUGUCAUCCUUUUAGAAUCGGAUGAUGAACAUGAUGAGUAUCCUGACCAGGGUGAUGAAGAUGAAGAGGAGGAUGAGGAAGAUGAAGAGGAGGAUGAGCAAAUGGAUGAGGAGGAUCAAGAUCAAAGUAUUCAUGCUAUUGAUACAGAUGAUGAUGAGGAUGAGGAAGAGGAAGAGGAUGAAGAUGAUGACGAAGCCAUGGAGCAAGAUGAAACAACCAGAGAAUGCAGUCAAGGUCUUGACACAGAACCAGGCCAGAAUACAAGAGAAGCCGAAGAAGAUUUAGGGAAUGCUGAAGCAGAAGCUGAAGCUGCAUCUCAAGUGUCAGGGGAUGCUGAAGAUUCCCGUGGGGAAUCACAAGAAGCUCCAAGUGAAAGUGAGCGACCCCAGCCAUCUGCAGGACCAAGUCAACCAUCUUCAUCUAGUCGGGGGGUUGAUGGUCCUGCUCAUCCCAGUCCACGUACGCCUCUUGCUCUCCCACGUUCUGUUACCCGACAAGAGCGAUUGGGUUCAGUGGGCCGCCAAACUUUAGCACCCUUCAAUCAAUUACCGCAAUAUGAAGAAGGUGGUGAUGACAGUAUAGUGCCAUCAACACCUACUUUGUUUGUUCCAAGGCGUGGAGAUGGAUUCUCAGAAGCUGUUAGCUCCCCACAAGUUCCCUCUGGUGGAUUUGUGUUUGGGUCCAACCCUGAAUUAUCCAAUCCACCGCAGACAAGUGGUUUAGCGCAAAUGGCAGAGGGUGGCCUUAUUGAUGAUACUCGUAUAGACCUUGGACAGUUGGAUGAAGGCAACAGAUCACAGCCUAGCACACCUCUUCACCGAUCCCCAACAGCUGACUUAGGUGCAGAGGGGGGUGUGAGCACUAGUGAAGGGGACACGGUACACCGUGAAACCCCAACAAUAAGGUUGACAGGAGCCGAGCAGUCCAACGAAGAGAACUCCAAGGACUCGGAGGAAAACUUUACUGAGGCUGACUCCAUGGCUGCAGAGGUUGGAGAAGAAGUAGAAGAUGAAGAGGAAGAGGAUGCUGAGGGAGAAGCUGAUGAUGAUGUGAUUGAUUUGGAGGAAGAGGAUGAAGGAGAAGAAGCAGAAGCUGACCAACAAGCAGGUGAAGCAGAGGAAAGAGUUGGUGAUGAAAGUAGCAGCCAACCAGUUCAAGAUGUUUCCAGUGUACCUUCUUCCACACCAAGUUCUUUACCAUCCUCAUCACAGCAGCGUAGAAUUACACCCAUUACUUGGGAUGAUUCACCUCAGAGAAUUCACCGGGGUCGUGGCUUUCAUACGAGCCGUGGAGGAAGGGGAUUUCAGCGAAACACAAACCUAGGUGGAAGAGGGUUUAAUAUUAAUCCUAUGAUGCAUGCACCAUCUCUACUGCGUGGAGGUCCCCAACGUGCUAGAAGGUCCCGCCCGGGAGCUUUUCCGCGGGGCUCUCCCAUGUAAUAUGCUUGAAUAGAUGUUUUCACGUGAAGAGGGAAGUUACUAAUGUAUAUAGAUUGUGCUUUAGACUAGUUCCAAAUAAUUUGUUGAAAUACAGUAGUAGUCUUGCUAUAUUCUGAUACAAUUUUGACUGCAGCAAGAUUUUGAAAUAGUUUCAUAUGCUACUAUAAAUCUGACAUGGUUUAGAAUAUUUACAUUUAAAUAUUGAUUAAAACUUAAAUCUUCAGUGCUGCUUGUCAUAUCUCAAAGCUAGUUUUUAUAAAUAAGUUAAUACUAAGUACUGUAUUAAUGUAUGCAGGUACUUUUUUUUGUUAAUAUCUUAAUACAUUGAUAAUGAGAAAUUAAAUGUAGUUCAGAAAUAGGAUUAGUGAGCAUGUAUUUGAUUUCACAUUUGUUCUUUAUGCCUUUAUAACUGGUGUUAGAAGAUAUUAAUAGCUUAUAAAUGAAAAUAUUCAUCUGUGGGUGCUCAGUUAUAUAUAGUACUAUAGAAUUUUUAGCAACAUCUCAGUGUUUUGUAAUUUCAUCUGUAUUGUGUUUUUUAUUUUCAACUUAAACAAAAUAUAAUAGUAAAAUUGUGAAAUCUUU